AAAAAGUCUUCCAUGAAAGCUUCACUUUUUAAAAAAAAAAAAAAGCAGUGCCAUCUGUUUUCCUAAAAGAUUGAUGUGGGGGCUGUCGUUUUGAGGGCCUCAUGGUUAUGAACGUGCUUCAGCUUCAUAAUGCCUCCUGCUAUGGCAGACAUUCUUGACAUUUGGGCAGUGGAUUCACAGAUAGCAUCUGAUGGCUCCAUACCUGUGGAUUUCCUCUUGCCCACUGGGAUUUAUAUCCAGUUGGAGGUACCUCGGGAAUCCACCAUUUCUCAUAUUAAGCAGAUGUUAUGGAAGCAAGUUCACAAUUACCCAAUGUUUAACCUCCUUAUGGAAAUCGACUCCUAUAUGUUUGCAUGUGUGAAUCAAACUGCUGUGUAUGAGGAGCUUGAAGAUGAAACAAGACGGCUCUGUGAUGUCAGACCUUUUCUUCCCGUUCUCAAAUUAGUGACAAGAAGUUGUGACCCAGGGGAGAAAUUAGACUCAAAAAUUGGAGUCCUUAUAGGAAAAGGUCUGCAUGAAUUUGAUGCCCUGAAGGAUCCUGAAGUAAAUGAAUUCCGAAGAAAAAUGAGGAGUUUCAGUGAGGAAAAGAUUCAGUCGCUUAUAGGAUUAUCUUGGAUGGACUGGCUGAAGCAGACCUAUCCACCAGAGCACGAACCUUCCAUUCUUGAAAACUUGGAAGAUAAACUUUAUGGAGGGAAGCUCAUUGUGGCUGUUCAUUUUGAAAAUUGUCAGGAUGUGUUUAGCUUUCAAGUAUCUCCUAAUAUGAAUCCUAUAAAGAUAAAUGAAUUGGCAAUCCAAAAACGUUUGACUAUUCAUGGAAAAGAAGAUGAAGUUAGCCCCUAUGACUAUGUGUUGCAAAUUAGUGGGAGAUUAGAAUAUGUGUUUGGUGAUCAUCCACUAAUUCAGUUCCAGUAUAUCCGGAACUGUGUAAUGAGCAGAGCCCUGCCACAUUUUAUACUUGUGGAAUGCUGCAAGAUCAAGAAGAUGUAUGAACAGGAAAUGAUUGCUAUUGAGGCUGCUAUAAAUCGAAAUUCAUCUAACCUUCCUCUUCCUUUGCCACCAAAGAAAACACGAAUUAUUUCUCAUGUUUGGGAAAAUAGCCACCCUUUCCAAAUUGUUUUGAUUAAGGGAAAUAAACUAAACACAGAAGAAACUGUAAAAGUUCACGUCAGGGCUGGUCUCUUUCAUGGUACUGAACUCCUGUGUAAAACCGUUGUAAGCACGGAAAUAUCAGGGAAAAACGAUCACAUUUGGAAUGAACCACUCGACUUUGAUAUCAAUACUUGUGACUUACCAAGAAUGGCUCGAUUAUGUUUUGCUAUUUAUGCAGUUUUGGAUAAAGUAAAAACGAAGAAAUCAACAAAAACUAUUAAUCCUUCUAAAUAUCAAACCAUCAGGAAAGCUGGAAAAGUGCAUUAUCCUGUAGCCUGGGUAAAUACAAUGGUUUUUGACUUUAAAGGACAAUUGAGAUCAGGAGAAAUAAUAUUACACAGCUGGUCUUCAUUUCCUGAUGAACUUGAAGAAAUGUUGAAUCCAAUGGGAACUGUUCAAACAAAUCCAUAUACUGAAAAUGCAACAGCUCUGCAUAUUAAAUUCCCAGAGAAUAAAAAACAGCCUUAUUAUUAUCCUCCCUUUGAUAAGAUUAUUGAAAAGGCGGCUGAGAUCGCAAGCAGCGAUAGCGCUAAUGUAUCAAGUCGAGGUGGGAAGAAGUUUCUUGCAGUACUGAAAGAAAUCUUGGAUAGAGAUCCCUUAUCUCAACUCUGUGAGAAUGAAAUGGAUCUUAUUUGGACUUUGCGACAAGACUGCAGAGAGAAUUUCCCACACUCACUGCCAAAAUUAUUGCUGUCUAUCAAGUGGAAUAAACUUGAGGAUGUUGCUCAGCUUCAAGCACUUCUUCAAAUUUGGCCUAACCUGCCCCCACGGGAGGCCCUGGAGCUUCUUGAUUUCAACUACCCAGACCAGUAUGUGCGGGAAUACGCUGUGGGCUGCCUGAAACAGAUGAGUGAUGAAGAACUCUCUCAAUACCUUUUACAACUGGUGCAAGUUUUAAAAUAUGAGCCUUUUCUUGAUUGUGCCCUCUCUCGAUUCCUAUUAAAAAGAGCACUUGCUAAUCGGAGGAUAGGGCAGUUUCUAUUUUGGCAUCUUAGGUCAGAAGUGCACAUUCCUGCUGUCUCGGUGCAGUUUGGUGUCAUCCUUGAAGCAUAUUGUCGGGGAAGUGUAGGCCACAUGAAAGUGCUUUCCAAACAGGUUGAAGCACUUAAUAAGUUAAAAACUUUAAAUAGUUUAAUCAAAUUGAAUGCAAUGAAGCUAAAUAGAGCCAAAGGGAAAGAAGCCAUGCACACCUGUUUAAAACAGAAUGCGUAUCGAGAAGCCCUCUCUGACCUGCAGUCUCCUCUGAACCCAUGUGUCAUCCUCUCAGAACUCUAUGUUGAGAAGUGCAAAUACAUGGAUUCCAAAAUGAAGCCUUUGUGGCUGGUGUACAACAACAAGGUGUUUGGUGAAGAUUCAGUUGGAGUAAUUUUUAAAAAUGGUGAUGAUUUAAGACAGGACAUGUUGACACUUCAAAUGCUACGAUUGAUGGAUUUACUCUGGAAAGAAGCUGGCCUGGAUCUUCGGAUGCUGCCAUAUGGCUGUUUGGCAACAGGAGACCGCUCAGGCCUCAUUGAAGUUGUGAGCACCUCUGAAACAAUUGCCGACAUCCAGCUCAACAGUAGCAACGUGGCCGCUGCCGCCGCCUUCAACAAAGAUGCCCUUCUGAACUGGCUUAAAGAGUACAAUUCUGGGGAUGACUUGGACCGAGCUAUUGAGGAGUUUACCUUGUCCUGUGCUGGCUACUGUGUAGCUUCUUAUGUCCUUGGGAUUGGCGACCGACAUAGUGACAACAUCAUGGUCAAGAAAACUGGCCAGCUCUUCCAUAUUGACUUUGGACAUAUUCUUGGAAACUUCAAAUCUAAAUUUGGCAUUAAAAGGGAGCGAGUGCCUUUUAUUCUUACCUAUGAUUUUAUUCAUGUCAUUCAACAAGGAAAAACAGGAAACACUGAGAAAUUUGGCCGGUUCCGCCAGUGUUGUGAGGAUGCCUAUCUGAUUUUGCGGCGGCACGGCAACCUCUUCAUCACCCUGUUUGCCCUGAUGCUGACUGCAGGCCUUCCUGAGCUCACGUCGGUCAAGGAUAUACAGUAUCUCAAGGAUUCUCUGGCCUUAGGGAAGAGUGAAGAAGAAGCACUCAAGCAAUUCAAGCAAAAAUUUGAUGAGGCGCUCAGGGAAAGUUGGACGACUAAAGUGAACUGGAUGGCCCACACGGUGCGGAAAGACUACAGGUCCUAACGCUCAGCCUUGGCCCAGUGCUUUUGUUGUGUUCUCGUUUUGCAUUUGCACUAAAUCGAACAUAGCCCUGCCAGAGCUGUUAUAAAGGAAAUGGAAUCCUGGAAUUCAGUUACAACAAAGAGAAAGCAUUCCACAGAGCCUAACCUGCACAAUCUCUGCGGCCCACUCUCUGCUUUUUGAAUGCCUGAUCGAGACGCAUCAUGAAAAUCGUUCACAUUAUGGAUAAUCACUUCUUGCUGAUUUUGCACGCUGAGGAAUGCUACUAGAGAUUUUCUUUCUUUUUCUUUUUCUUUUUUUUUUAAGUGUUUGGUACUUUUACAAAAGGGUGUAUAUACUUCUUUUCAGUAUUGUGACCAAGUGUUAUCACUCAGCUGCCUCAUUCACACCUGGAGCUGGGGGCUGUUCUUACUUUCCAAACAAAGCUUACAGAAAAGGUUUUUCUUCCCUUUUUAAAUUGUGUAAUUACAAAUUAUGAUUUAAUCUAAAAUUAUGAUUAUUUUUUUCAAAAGAAACCUUUUAAGCCUGUGGAAGUUUGUUCACUUUUUGUUAAUAUUUAUCUACCAUGAUAGCAUCAUUCUAACUAGACUGGCUGAAAAUCUGUUCAGGCAAAUAUAUGUAUGUAAAUAUAUGAUGCAUAUAUAUUUAUAAUAUUUCUAGUGGGAGUUCUGUGUAAAAAGAUGUCUGAUUUUCUUUAACUUGAGUUGUAAAAUUUUUUUUUAAAAAGCUUUUCUUUAUGUUACCUUUUUUUUUCUUAUGUUACCUUUCAGUUCACUGUGUGAUCCAGUUCUUCCAGCUGCUUCUGUAAGGAGGCACAUAUUAAUACGACUUUACAUGGUAGCUAUGAAAGAGUUCAUUUCAUAGAGCAUAAUACUGGAGCAAAUGUAUCCAAGAAAGAAAGCAAGUGAGAAGGAACUUAUUUAUGGAUUAAACUCCAGAUCUAAAACCCAGUAUUUUAUUAAAAUGCCAGCGGUUCUUACUGUGUUUAUUAAAACUUGUAAUAAUGUGAUUUUUUUAAAGGAUAUGAGUUCAAAUUGAAAUGGUUCUAUGCCACCUGGGAUUCUUUAAUUUAUUUGUUGAGGGUACCAUGCAUUUAGGGUGCUAGAUGGCAAAUAAUGUUAAUAUGUGCAAUAGGAACUACUGGUUUGAAUGUGUAGAUGAAUGUUCUUUCUGAGGAUGGGCAGCAUCCAGCAAAACGACUGCUGAUUCUCCAAAGACGAUUGGGAGCUCUCGGUCCUCAAGGACAUGCGAAAGAGAACUGAGUAUUUGCCCUGUGACUGGGUUUUCUAUAGGAAAUUUAUUAAAGAUCGUUUAAUUUUGUUGUCCUUCUUAAUGUUCUUAGUCGAAUAAAUGGGUGAGCUGGUUUA